UUUCCUUAAUCUCUCUCUCUCUAUCUAUCUAAGCCAUGGCUCUGCAACUCUGGGAGACCCUUGAAGAUGCGAUCACCGUCUACACGAGUCUCACUCCAGCAACUUUCUUCACAGGCCUCGCUUUGGGUCUCGCUAUCUACUAUGUUCUCUCCAGUCUGUUUGGUUCCUCUGGUAAUAAUCAACGUAAGAGUUCUAGGGAGUUGCAGGAGGAGAUGCAGCCUCUUCCCCCUCCUGUUCAGCUUGGUGAGGUCACUGAAGAGGAAUUGAAGGUCUACGAUGGUUCUGAUCCUAAAAGGCCUCUUCUCAUGGCGAUCAAGGGUCAGAUCUAUGAUGUCACACAGAGCAGGAUGUUUUAUGGACCCGGUGGCCCAUAUGCUCUAUUUGCUGGAAAAGAUGCUAGCAGAGCUCUAGCAAAGAUGUCCUUUGAGGAGCAAGAUCUAACUGGAGAUAUCUCUGGUCUUGGUCCAUUCGAACUCGACGCGUCGCAAGAUUGGGAAUACAAGUUCAUGACCAAGUAUGCGAAAGUUGGGUCUGUUAAAAAGACAGUACCAGUGACUGAUGGGUCAUCGAGUGGGGAAGCUGUCGAGACAACUGACCGCGAUGUUGAUGAUCAGCCUACAGACAAUGGUCCAUCUGAAAAUGCAGCUACUGGAAUCACAGAAACCGAGUCUGCUGUUGAUGCCAACAAAGAAGACUGAGGAAUGUUGUUAUCCCUACCGUAUGAAGUGAAAGUAAUGUCUGGGUUGCCUCUUUUUUGGUGGGUCAUUGCUUGCCAUGUUGAUCAUAGCUAUUUCUUUAAUCAAACCCAUACCCACUUUUUGAUCAGGCUACUCUAAAAUAUUAUCCCAAAACAUCCACCACCCACGUUCUUUCACACUUUUCUUUUAAUAUAUAUAUAUAUGAUUACAAUAAUGCACCCACUCAUUUCUUUAUUUUGUUUUUUCUUUUACUUCCUUUACCACC